AAUGAGAAAAAUGUGAGAAUAAGAUAGAUCUGUUCAACUCCAUUGACAGGAACCAUGAACGUUGAAGAAGAGGUUGAACGACUCAAAGAAGAGAUCAAGCGACUCGGCAUAGCCAAAGAUGAUGGUUCUUACAAGGUAACAUUCGGUGUGCUGUUUCAUGAUGAUAGAUGUGCCAACAUCUUUGAGGCGCUCGUUGGGACAUUAAGAGCUGCAAAGAAAAGGAAAAUACUUACAUACGAUGGCGAGCUCCUCCUGCAAGGGGUUCAUGACAAUGUGGAAAUCAUUCUCAAACCGCCAUCGGUGACUUCUGGUGCUACUGCAGUUACAACUUCAUAAAUGCUUUUUCAUGCUCUGUACCUUGUUUCUGUAUUGUACUUUUGAUACAAAUUUCUGGACAUGGCGAAUAUGUUUUAUUACUUUACCUGGAAUGGGGCGUGUGAAUGAUGAGAAUGGUCUACUUCCAUUCUUUUGUAAUGAAGAUAUUUUUGCCUAA